AUCCGCUCAACCUUCCUCUCUCCAUCUCUCCAUCUCCAUCUCUCCAUCCAUAAACAAUGGUCGCCCUCGACAACCUCCAACAGCUCCUCUAUGCUCCGGAUGGCACACGCUACCUCGUCCUCUCCCGCGCGUCUACUCUAUGGCAAGUCAGCAUGUGGACUCCCGCGGGCCCCGGGCAUCCAAUUCCGCGGGUUUGGAAUGGCAUCGGUGAAGCCGGUACUGGGGAACGAGCCCGCGAGAUUGCGGAUGGUGUUUUGGCUGGCAUGCUGAGUGUGCAGACCCGGGACAACGGGGGGUUGAAGCUUCUUGUCCAUCUGUCCAAAGGUGCUGUCGGCGUGUACCUUGACGCCGCGCAGCUCAGCGACAGCUGCGUGGGCGAUCUACUCGCUGCAGCUUUUAAUAUGAAGGAAGCCAGACCUGCGACGGCCGAUGCGAACUCUACACGCGCACAUGAGGCACAGAUUGAGGCGCUGCAAGCCGAGAUUUCCUCGCUCCAGAACCGCAAUGCCAACCUCAAAGCGCAGAUCCAGCGGCAGAACGGCAGCUCUGGGCGUAAGGACGCCCAGCCCAUCGUAAAGCCCACCGCGCCGCCCAAGAACGCGAGUGUUCUGCAACCUACACAGCGGCGACGCAAGGUUGUGGAAGACGAGUUCAUGGGCUCCAGUGGAGACGAGGACGACGAGGAUGACGAUGAUGAGGCAUACGACGAUGACGACUGACGACGACGACUGAAGACUGACAUGUGCCCUUCUUCGCGCUUUUUGUAGAUGCAAUACAAUAUAAUGUACAUGACUGUGUGAACU